UAAAUUAAUACGCCUGCAACACCAUCUUUUGUGAUUUGCUCAUAAAAUACCCUCGCCUCUUCAAGGAGAAGAAAAAGAAAAAUUCCCGCAUCCCCACGCCCCCCUCUCCCUCUCUCUCCAAUGGAUCGAAGUCAGCUUCUUCUGGUGGGUUUACCGCUUUUCCUUAUCAUCUCUGAUCUCUUCCAACUAUUUACUCCUCCUCAAAAACCCACUUCCGAUCACCACCAUCACCAUCACCACCAACCGCCGCCAGUGAUUCAACAACCUCACACUCUUGAAUUCCCUGCUCAGAAAAUUGGUGGUGGUAUUGGUGCUGUUGGUAUUGGUAAUACUGUCACCAUUGAUUUCUGCUCUUCUUGUUCUUACAGAGGGACAGCUGUGACAAUGAAAAACAUGUUGGAUAGUCAAUUUCCUGGGAUCCAUGUUGUCCUUGCUAACUAUCCUCCUCCACUUCCAAAACGUUUGUUGGGCAAAGUAGUACCUGUUUUCCAAUUUGGUGUCAUUGGCCUUGUAAUGGCUGGUGAACAAAUAUUUCCUAAGUUGGGAUAUGCGGUACCACCUCCGUGGUUCUAUCAGUUGCGUGCAAACAGAUUUGGGACUAUGGCAACCACUUGGCUGUUGGGAAAUUUCUUUCAGUCCAUGCUGCAAAGUUCUGGUGCUUUUGAAGUGUAUUGUAAUGGUGAACUGGUUUUCUCUAAACUAAAAGAGAAUAGGUUUCCUGGUGAACUCGAGCUGAAAGAUCUAGUCGCCAGAAGGAUUAUUAACUCAGGGGUAGUGGAUGGCCUUGGUGCAUCUUCCUGGUCGUAGAUGUGGAGAUUUCACGAGAUCAAUUGCUCCACAUUAACUCAGAUGUUGUGGUCUUCCAGUAGUGAUAGUGAUAGACAUACAUACAAUGAAAAGAUCCAACAGCCUCUUCAGAAAUUGUUGUUUUGCGGCAAAUGCUUUAUUCUAGGGACUGGUUAUGGUAUCUAUAUAAAUAACUCUAUGGAAGGUUUUUCCUUGUGACAUUUGAUUUUUAUAAUGUACAAACACUUCCUCCCA